UGGAGUGGCUCAAGGUGAAGGCCCUGAGUUCAAACCCAUACCACACACACACACACACAAAGGAAGGCUUUUCAGGCACAGCCAGGAUUGGAUCUCAGGAGUCCUCCCUCCAGACAGGAGGUCACACUCUGAGAUGGACUUGACAUGGCACGGGCUCGGGAGCCUUGCCACCAUGUCAGGGAACGUGGGACGUGCCACUCACCGGCAUGGGAAGUCCCUCGUCCGACUGACUCACUUGGCCCUGGGGAAGCGGGGGUGGGGGGCUUCUCCCCAACAGCCCUGGACUGUGGCCGGCACCAUGUGGAAACUUCUUGUCACUUUUGCCACAGUAACUCAGGAAGCUCAGAGGGCUUCCGAGGCUGGCCUGAGGCCACAGGGGCUAGUGAAGGGGACAGCCAGGUCCAGGGCAGCCUGGGGAGGUGGCACAGGGUCUCAGGACGUGAGAAAACAGAGUGGUCGCUCAGCAGCAAGCAACAAGGGCUGAGCCUCUCCAUCUUAAUAACAAUUCUUCUUGGAAGGACUGUCCCUCCAUUUGCCCCCAGGUUGUGGUGUGGGGCUUCACCAAGACCACUGGGACCAGCCACGGACCAUGAAGGGGAUCUGUGCCAGCAGGGGACUCACUCCAUGGUCCUCACUCCAGCCUGGCCUCCAGGUCACCCCAGUUCAUCUCGGGCAGAUCCCUCAGGCCCCAUCUUUCAGCAGGGUACCCUUCUUUGCCUGAGGUUCUCAAGGACACCUCCUCCAAGAAGCCUUCCCUGCUUUUCCUUCCCCUAGUUCCCAUGACAGGCUUUCAAUGCCUCAGGAAAGAAAAUCCCUUUGGUAGGUUUCCUGGGAGGCAGAGAAGGACCCCCAGGUACUGAGUGAUAGUGGGGACCGCAGACCUGACCUUGGGGACAAGUUGGUUGACAGAGCAGCAGGCAGGAUGCAGUGGUCAGAACCAGAGCUGGGGGCAGGGUGGGUGUGAAUCCUGUCUUUCCCCUUACCAGCUGUGCAAAGGCUCCCAGACUCAGUUUCCCUGUGAACGGGGGACAGCCUGUCACUCACAGGGCCGGGUGGCUUCAGGGUGGGCGUCCAGGGCUGUAUAUGAGCACACAGUGCUCAGUGGGCCUGGAACCUUCCAGACACACCAGCAUGGCCGGCCAUGGCAGGGGUGAUGGGGAGUGUGACUUGCUGUCACAUGGCGGGGGGGGGGCAAGGCUCCUCCCACCCGGCACAGAAUCGGGGUAUGGUGCUGACGGGACAUGGGCUCAGGCUGUGGGCCUGUCAGGGCUCAGUGGGGUCAAACCCUGAGUAUGGGGUUGGGCUGGGCCUGUGGCCUCCAGACCAUGGUGUCCCAUUACAGGUGGGACGCCAAGACCAACAUGAGCGGGGACACUGAGCUGCUGUGGCUGGGAGUGGCCCUGCUGCUGCUGCUGUCUGGGGCCACAGCUGGGCUCUGCGUGCGCUGCUCCCGUCCAGGGGCGAAGAGGACAGAGAAAAUCUAUGAGCAGAGAAACCUGCAAGAAAACCAGCAGAGCUUUUCCGUGGCCCGGGCCUAUUCCUUUGUCAGGCAAGAGUGGCCAGGGCCCCUGUUGGACACGGCCUCUGAUGGGGCACCUGAAAGGAAAGACAAGCUGCUUUGCUCCUCCCACCUCGAGGAUCCUGCGUCCCCGAGGUACCAGAACUUCAGCAAAGGGAGCCGAAGUGAGCCAGAUGCAGCCUAUGUAGACCUCAUUGCUGCAGACUAUUACAACUGGGGACGCUUCCAGAAGCCCCUGGAAGAUGACGACGACGAUGAUGAUGCUAAUUCUUACGAGAAUGUGCUCAUAUGUAAGCCAAGGACCACUGAGUCAGGCAUAGAGGAGUGUGAAGAUUAUCAGAACUCAGCAUCCAUCCACCAGUGGCAGGAGUCCAUGAGGAUCAUGGGGCAAGUCAGGAGAACAGCACACCUGCCCCCAGCAGGGAGCCCAGAUGACGACGGGGAGCCGGACUAUGUGAACGGGGACGUAGUGACAGUUGCUGAAGUCUAGGGAGACCUGGAAGGAAGGAGCUGAGGAACCCCGACCUCAGGAUGAGUUCUGUCCUCCCAAGGAUUGUUUUCCAGCAGCGCUCAAGUUUCAGCCCUGACCAUGGCUAUUCCGGGAAGGCCACCAAGAUAC